UUCAAUAAAAAAAAGGCACGCAAAUGGCUAUUUUAUUUUAUUUUAUUUUGAGCUUAUAAAAAAAGUGUGAAUACAAUGCGGCCAUUAUAGGCUUAUAAAUACGUUUGCCUUUUAAAUUUGAUUCCCGAGGAUCACAACAAUAGCCUCAGCUGGAGCUAUUCAUGUUAAAAGUUCCUGUUUGACAUGCGGAGCUUCACUGAUGCUGGAACAGCAGGGAAACGACGCGCUCCAUAAUGAGCGCCAUUCUCUGCCUUCGUUUUUUUUUAUCAUUUUCGUUGUCAUUUGUCCGCGCACACACACACACAUACACGGGGUCCCUCCUUCCUGUUCUGUCAGGAAUGUUCAUGUGUGUUGUAUUGAUAACGCGGGUGUGUGUUCCGUGUGUGACAUGUGAGAGGGCCGAUAUGGAGUAAAGCAGCACCGGGAAUGGAAACACGGUGAGGAACAGGGGAUUGUCAUCAUGGCGGACCCAGAGGUGUCAACACAGAGCGGGGGCUAUGAUGUGGAGCUGUUUGUGGACACUCCAGACUACGAUCUGAUCUGCACCAUAUGCCAGGGGGUCCUCAGGUGCCCAGUGAGAGCUGCAUGCCACCACAUCUUCUGUAAGAAAUGCAUCUUACAGUGGCUGAAGAGGCAGGAGACUUGCCCCUGCUGCAGGAAGCCUGUGAACCCGAGCUUGAUCUUCGUCAUGUUCAAGCUGAGCAAAUCUAUCGGCCGCAUGAAGAUCAAGUGUAAGAAUGAGAUCCGUGGUUGUGCAGAGACCUUCCCCCUCUCGGAGCAGUACUGCCACAGCAUGAGCUGUCUGUACGAGCUCAUCCCGUGUCCAUACCAGGGCUGCCGGGCGCAGCUCCUCCGCAGGGACCUGGACACCCAUGCACGGCACUGCGAACACUGGCGUCAGCCGUGCCACAUGGGCUGUGGGACGAUUCUCUCCCACCGAACGCAGGCUCAACACAACUGCUACAAGCAGCUGAGGCAGGAGUACGAAGCCAGGCAGAGGAGCCACAGGGCCAUCGCCACCGCCCUGCAGAGGAAGAUGAGGAGGAUGCAGAGCACCAUGGCCCACAUGAAGAGGCAGAUAGGGCUGAUCUGCGAGAGCCUGGAGGUGAUGGACGACCUGAACGAGGUAGAGGAGGAGGACCUAGGAGAGACCAGUGGCAGCUCAAGUGGGACUCCAAGUAGCAACAACAGCAACUGCUGAGGGACGAGUCACUUACCGCUGCUGUGUGUGUGUGUGUGUGUGUGUGUAAUUUCUUCAUGUGUUAAUUUCCUUGAAGGUGUGUGUUUUUCAAUAUGUAGGCAGUGAUUCUAAUGAGUGAAUUUGUAACAGUUUUUGUGCUGUAGUUUCUUCCAUUUUUAUAAAUAAAGCAUUUGACCGAGCCCUGUCAUCCUGUCUGAUCCUCAGUGAAGAGAAGAGUGGAGGAGGCUGAAUCUUUGUUGACAAGUGAUGGAGAAGGAUGAACUCAGCAAUGCAUCUGUCCAACAAAUGAGAAAUCAUGGUUCAUGAUUCUUAAAAAAAACAAAAAAAAACAAAACAAAAACAAAAACAUGGCAUUAUCAGAGAGCAUAAGUAGGCAUGUGACUGCACAUAAAAUAAAAAUUACAAUUUCAGGGAUCUUUUAUCACAAUGAGGAGUUGGUUUUCUUUUUUUUAAAUGCUAUAAUAUAAACACGUUCAUCAGCAACAUAAUGAAUAAAAUCAAUACCAACA